AUGAUGUUGAAGUAUGGGGACGGACGCGACGUUCCUAUCUCACACUGGCACUAUGACAAUGGCGGCUCUCACAAAGGAAGCAGUCAUAGUUCCAGUUCACAUCCUCAUCCCCAUCCUCAACACAGCCAUCACCACCGUCCCCAUGACCGCUCGAGGUCUGCUGCUGAUGCGUAUCCUGUACGGGGUCCUCGCCACCCCGAGCAUACAGGGUAUCGUUACUCCUCAGCACGAAAUGCACAUCGUGCAGACCCUGAAGAUUUAGAACCUGAAGAAAUCCAAAUCCUUCCCUCUGACCCACACGCCACUCCCUAUGACUCGCGAAACGAAAAAUAUCGGCCACGUAGAGCUUCAGAACCAUACCGGCCCGAACCCUUGCAAUCCCCGCCCCACAAAAACGCUGUAGAAAUCCCGGCCACACCCUUGCCACGACACGUUCCCAGCCAUCACGGUAGUGCAGCCCCGCCAGUCACUUAUUCGCAUUCACAGCCCAUUCCUCGACAAUACGAGCAGCAUCACCCCGCACACUCGCAUUCGCGACAUCGGCCUCCGCCUUCGAUCGUAUAUGCACCCGGACCUCACCACGCUACCGAUCAUUAUGCUCCACCGACUAUUGUGUAUGCCCCAACUAAGGCACCAGGCAUGACGUACACGGUGUCUGCGCCCACGGGUUCAGGGUUUCCGCAAUACCCGCGUAUUACUCCUGCCCCAUACCCCGCUGCUCAUAGUCAUCUCGCGUCUAUUCAUGAAGAAGCACGGUAUGGGAUGAGAGGGCCCCUUUCGAGGGAUGAUCGGUCGAGAGCGCCUUCUCCGAUAGGCGAGGGUGAUAGCUGCGAGUCGGGCAGCACGUACUAUGUUAUACCCACUCCUGGCCAGAAGGUGAAGGUUUUGCCCGGCCCCGUGCCUUCCCUCUACACGGCCACGUCGACCACUAAAUCGCCAUCGUCUCCUCAAUCUGGCAGCAUGGGAUUCAAGAGACCGUUUUUCAGCAGGCUUUUUAGCUUUGCGUCUGAUAUAACAAAAGUAUCCAAAGCCCCGAAAUUUUCCUCAAAGGCCAAGCUACAACGACGCCAUUCUUUAGAGUCCACGGGUGUUCAUAUACGACACCGGUCGUGA